AGGAUGGCGCCAGAGUAAUGUCAGUGGUUCCCGGUGGCACAGCGUUAAUGACUCUAGACUAAAACAGAGGAAUUUUCACCUCAGUAUAAGAAAGAAUUUCUUUACACUGAGGGGCAGAGCACUAGAACAGGCUGCCCGGAGAGGUGGUGGAGUCUCCCUCCGGAGACAUUCAAAAGCCACCUGGCCGCGUUCCUGUGCCACCUUCUCUCGGUGACCCURCCCGGACAGGGGGGUUGGACUGGAUGAUCACCAGAGGUCUAUUCCAAACUUAAAGAGUUCUGUGAUUCUGUCUGAGAUAUUUCUAAGCGUACAAGGGAGGCAGGUGUGCUGCCCGCGCGUUUGGAGGAGCUGCCUUCUCAAAGCCUCCGGGGAGCGGGUAAGCGGCGCUUCCAGCUGCCGGCAAUCUUGGCGGCAGGCGCAGGAGCCCCAAGCGGGGCGGGCCCCAAGACCUGUGUCCGGAGGGCUGGACCGGAGCCGCCCCGCCCCUUGAGCGGACCGCGGAGCAGGGGCGGGGGCGGUGUCGGUGUCGCGGUCACCGCCYCGCAGCGCCGCCGGGCCGGGAUGGGCGCGAUGCUGUGGUGGGACCCGCUGCGGGCCGGCAGCUCGGAGGUAGACUGGUGCGAGGACAACUACACCAUCGUUCCCGCCAUCGCCGAGUUCUACAAUACGAUAAGCAACGUCUUGUUUUUCGUUUUACCACCCAUAUGUAUGUGCUUGUUCCGUCAAUAUGCAAUCUGCUUCAACAGUGGAAUAUAUUUAAUAUGGAUUCUGCUAGUCGUGGUUGGAAUUGGAUCUGUUUAUUUCCACGCCACCCUCAGCUUCUUGGGCCAGAUGCUGGAUGAGCUCGCUAUUCUCUGGGUUCUCAUGUGUGCUCUUGCUAUGUGGUUCCCUAGGAGAUACCUGCCUAGAGUAUUUCGAAAUGACAGGAGCCGAUUUAAAGCUGCUGUGGGUGUCCUGUCUGGAGUUACCACCUGUCUGGCCUUCAUUAAGCCUGCCAUCAACAAUAUCUCGCUAAUGACCCUKGGUGUUCCCUGCACCGCUUUACUCAUUGCUGAGUUGAAGAGGUGUGAAAACCUGCGUGUAUACAAACUAGGUCUCUUUUCAGGUCUUUGGUGGAUGCUAGCACUUUUCUGCUGGAUAAGUGACAAAGCAUUUUGUGAGAUCUGGUCCUCAUUUAACUUCCCCUACUUGCAUUGUGUAUGGCACAUUUUGAUUUGUCUUGCGGCAUAUCUGGGAUGUGUCUGCUUUGCUUACUUUGAUGCUGCCUCUGAGAUCCCUGAGCAGGGUCCUGUCAUAAAGUUCUGGCCCAGUGAAAGGUGGGCAUUCAUUGGAGUUCCCUAUGUCACCCUCCUCUGCGCACACAAGAAAACAUCUGUGAAGAUUACAUGAAGCCAUGGAAUGGGGAUGGAUUUUCAAUUUAUACUYCAGCACGGACAAUAUUUAUAUAAUGACAAAUUUCUAGUAUUGUAUUUUCUCUUCUUUCUAAGAUGGGCAGCACUUCAGGUGUCAUAGGAAGAAGAGGGAUAUGUGUUCUUUCCUCUCUGAAGAGGAGAGAGGGAGGGGAGCAUGGGGACACUUGAACACUAAAGUAACAAA